AUGAGUGUACUCAAAGAAAAUGUAAAGAAAUUGAAACCAAUUGAGCGAUUUUGUUCAAUUAUAUUUGAUGAAGUGUGCUUGAAUGGUGGACUGCAAUUUAAUUCGACCACUGAUGUUAUUGAUGGUUUUGUUGAUUCUGGAGAUAAUAAGAGUCAACUGCUUGCUGAUCACGCUCUUGUAUUUAUGGUUCGUGGAAUUAAAAAAAAAUUUAAGCAGCCAGUAUCCUAUACAUAUUGCCAAGGAGCUACCAAACAACAUGAUCUUGUGCAGCAAUUGAGAGAAGUAAUUUGUCAAGUCCAAGCAACUGGUUUAUGUGUAGUUGCCACAAUAUGUGAUCAAGGAUGUGCAAAUGAAGGUGCUAUAAAUAUUUUGAAAAAUGAAACUAAAUCAUAUUAUGUAAAACAUCAAAAAGAUUACCGGGAUGACAUUUAUGAAAUUGAAGUUAAAUCUGACGAUGGUGUAGAACGCAUUCCUAUUGUACAUUUGUUUGAUGUACCUCAUCUUUUAAAAUGUACAAGAAAUAACUUAAUGACCAAAGAUUUAUGCUUCUCUUCUGAUGGGGUCAAACGAAUUGCUAAAUGGGAUCAUUUAAGACAAUUGUAUGAUACUGACAGUCUCAUAGCGGACUGUAAAAUGCUUCCUCGUUUGACUGACAACCAUGUCAUACCGGAAAAGGUACCAAAAAUGAAGGUUCGAAAUGCCACACAAGUGUUCAGUCAGCGGGUAUCUGCAGUUAUGAACUUUCUUGCUUCUAAAAAUAUCAUUGACCCAAAAGCUUCUGACACAGCAGCUGCCUUUUUAUUUUUUGAUAAGCUGUUCGAUUCCUUAAAUGGCUCAUUCGAUAAACAAGUUGACGGCAAAAUAUAUAGAACAUCUGUGAAACAAAAUUCCGUUCAUCAUAAACUUUGGCAAGAUAGUUUGAAAAUAUUAUCAACAAUGCAAUUUGUUGGAAAGAAUGGAAAAGCAGUUAGAGUACCAACACUUAAAAAUUGGUCAACAACAAUAAGAGGUUUUCAAACACUGUCGAAAAUUCUUUGGAAUAAAGGAAUAAAAUCAUUACUCCCAAGACAUCUGAAUCAAGAUUCAUUGGAAUGUUUCUUUGGUGCUAUAAGAAGUGUUGGGUGUUCAAAACCAACUUGCAGUAUAUUCAUUUCAUCGUAUAAAACUUUACUUCUCAACAAUUUGGUGUCCUCGCAUUCUCUGGGAGCAAACUGCGAAGAUUUCAAUGAAGACAGCCUGAUGAGUUAUAAACAUUUAUUUUCAUUUCAACAAGAAGAAUAUCCUAAGCCAACUUCCACAUAA